GGUCAACCCAAUCUCCCCUUGAGGAACCUCUUCUCUUCUCUUCUCUUCUCUCCAUCUGCGCUUUCUCUAUCUACAAUGGAAAUGAAGUAAACAAUUCCAGUACUAAGAUUUCUCACUGCAAUCAUGGCGGCGGAGACUUCUCGACCCGGUGCAUCUGCCGAUUCCUAUGUCGGCAGCUUGAUUAGCUUGACGUCCAAGAGUGAAAUGAGAUAUGAAGGCAUCUUGUACAAUAUCAACACUGAUGAAUCGAGUAUUGGGCUCAGAAAUGUGAGAUCAUUUGGGACUGAAGGCCGGAAAAAGGAUGGUCCUCAAGUUCCUCCAAGUGACAAAGUGUACGAAUAUAUAUUGUUCCGAGGAAGUGAUAUAAAGGAUCUACAAGUUAAAACUUCUCCACAAGUGCAACCUACCCCAACCAUAAAUAAUGAUCCGGCUAUUAUUCAGUCCCAUUAUCCUCAGCCAGUAUCUACAUCUUCUAACAUGCUGCCAGUUGUCACUGGGUCCUUGACAGACCUUAAUCCUCAUACCACACAACUGGGCCAAACAGGUUCAAAUUUUCAAGGUGCUUUGCCCUUGUAUCAACCUGGAGGAAAUCUAGGAUCAUGGGGGCCUUCACCACCUCCUCCAAGUGCAAGUGGUAAUGGUUUAGCUAUGCCCAUGUACUGGCCAGGAUAUUAUGGUCCCCCUAAUGGGCUCCCCCCUCAUUUGCACCAACAAGCUUUGUUUCGCCCACCACCUGGACUAUCGAUGCCUCCUUCCAUGCAGCAGCCUGUCCAAUAUCAGGGUUUUAAUGCCUCUUUAUCCUCCGGAAUCUCCAAUUUUCCAGAUUAUGUCUCUUCCCCGGUUCCACCUAUUAAUAGUUCCCUCAAUUUGGCAUCUACAUCUUUACCUGCGUCAAAUUUGGCAUCUACAAUGUUACCACCUUCAAAUCUAGUAUAUGCUCCAGCUCCGGUUCCUCCUGUUAUCUUGUCUCCUGAAACCUUGCCUAGCUCUAGGCUGCCUACAGCAACCGUAAGUGGAAACAUGCCUUCUGUUUCCCUGUCAAGAACAUCUAGUCAGGAUGUGAAUGUUGUUUCAUCACUUACCUCUACUAAACCCAUAUCAAAUUCUAGUCCAGCUUUACCCUAUCCAACUGUUUCCCAUUCCAUCUCAUCUAUUGUGGCAGACAACACAAGUCAAUUAGAAAAUCCGAUUUCAACACCUUCUCUUAUAACCCCAGGUCAAUUGCUGCAAUCUGAAUCAGUUGUGGUUCCUUCAGCUCAGACUUCUCAAUCAGCAUCUCAUAAGGAUGUGGAAGUAGUUCAGGGAUCUUCCUCAUCAGCAAAACAGCCUACUCCAGUUUUAAAAGAACCACAAUCACCGCCAAUUUUGCCACUACCUGAACAAGUUUCACAUGCAAGUCAAAAGUUGAAUGGAGCUCCUUACCGUGGCCGUGCGAAUUAUAGAGGGCGUGAAAGAGGGAGAGGAUCUUGGAGUUCACGUCCGGUUACAAAAUUUACAGAGGAAUUUGAUUUCAUGGCAAUGAAUGAAAAGUUCAAUAAAAAUGAAGUAUGGGGUACUCUUGGAAAACACAAUUCUCAUCUAAAAGAGGAUGGAGAUGAAAAUGGAAGUGGUGAGGAUGAUGAACAAGAUGAAUACUAUGCUGCACUUGUGAAACCUGAGGUCAAACCACUUUACAACAAGGACGACUUCUUUGACUCCAUUUCCUCGGGUGCUGUCGGUGGUGAGCAAUAUAAUGGAAGACCAAGAUUCUCAGAGCAAAUGAAGUUAGACACAGAGACAUUUGGGGAUUUUUCUCCAUAUAGAGGUGGCCGCGGAUAUGGUCGUGGCCAACGUUCUCAUGGUGGUUACUAUGGAAGGGGAGGUGGUUAUGGCUACAACGGCCGAGGCCGAGGCCCUUCCCGCGGUCGUGGUAUGUCAAACCACGCUCUUUAAAUAGUGUAUGACGCCUCCUCCUUAAGUAAUAUGGUUUUUAUAUACAUGAUUUUAAUCUCUUCUCUACUUGAGCGAAGGAGGUUUUCCUAGACUUGUAAUUUCUUUUCAAAGAACAAUAAUAACUUAUGAUACUAUCAACUAUAAUGAUCGUCAUCCUGGGUUAGUUUGAUUCA